AUUUGUAGAUGCGCGCAAUCAUCCUUUUUCUGACAGGGCUGCUGGCUCUCACCACAGCUUUCAAUGAUAAAAGGAGAGUCUGUUACCAUUUAGGCUGGACUGCUACCCGUAAUGGUACUAGUCGCUUUGACAUCAAUUCGCUACCUGAGAAAUCCUGCACCCACUUGAUCUACGCGUCCGCGGGCCUCAAUCCGUACAACGGUGAAAUCAUCGCUGCAAACGAAAAUUCUGUAGCGGUUACUGAUGAAGAAACCCCUAUUGGUUACCAAAAACUUAAAAACCUGGUUUUGCGUGAUUCGCGUCUCAAGACGAUGAUAUCACUGGGUGGUGAUGCAGUGGAUGGCUCGACGAUUUCUAUGGUCCUGAGGGAACCCACGUUGCGCUUCAAUUUAGUUAAGAGCAUCGUUAAAUUCCUUGUAAAGUAUGAAUUCAACGGAUUCGACCUCAACUGGAAAUAUCCCAAAAGUCUCGAAGACAAGCGCAACCUUGUACUCUUUUUAAAAGAACUAAAAAAACAGUUCGAACCUAAGGGUUGGGUCCUUAGUAUAACUGCACAUAUGAGUGCCAAUCAAUAUUACGACUACGAUGGGGUUUCUAAGCACGUUGAUUUUAUCAACAUGAUGCUGUUCAACUUUAACGGCCCUUGGAUGGGCACAACGGGACCCAGUGCUCCACUGGACUCUACAAAUAAUAUUAAUGUUCAUGUCUUUGUCCAAAAUUGGAUGGACAAUCAUGUUCCAAAUGAGAAAAUCGUCAUGGGAAUAUCUUCGAUCGGAGUUGUAAGUACUCUGCUCAAUCCAUCCGACAACAAAAUGAAUGCGAUGGUAGCUGAAUCUGGCAGACCUGGACCUUAUAACAAUCUACGCGGUUUGUUGGGCUACUUCGAGUUCUGCAAGGAGAUGAGCCAAUGGACUGUCAUUUACGACGAAAUGCACCGCAUGCCUUAUGCUUACAAAGGCGAUCAGUGGAUGAGUUUCGAGAACAAACAGUCCAUUUCAGAAAAGGUGAAUUACGUGAUGGAGAAGGACCUUGGAGGUAUCGCAAUCUGGACCGUAGAUAACGAUGACUUCAACGGCGUCUGCGGUGAAAAGUGGCCGCUGCUCAAUACCAUCAACAAAGCUCUUUCAACUCAAAGUGGCUCAUUUGCUUACAGAAAAAAUGGCGUAUCUGAUUAUAGUAGAGGGAACUUUUUACCGAGAAAUCCAAAGCAGAGGUCCCGAAGGAGUGUUCGAAACUUUCGUGCAGCGGGUUCUCCCCAGCAAAAAUCCGCUGCUUCGUUAAAACAAUCAAAUAGUUGUGAUAUUGUGGGUGAAUUAACAGGAGACCCCCACGAUUGUAACGUCUUUUAUCAAUGUACAGCUGAUCUGCAGCGACAAAAAUUAACAUGUCCUACAGUUUUAGUUUUCAACCCACAAAGUAAAGUAUGCGACUAUAAGCAGAAUGUACAAUGCUAAUCUACUUCUUUAACAAUCAAGUACCGUUAAAGAACAAAAAUAUUGAAUAAAUUUUUUUCCUUUGACAAA